UCAACCUUUUUUUAUUUUUUGUAAUUUAUUUUCAUAACAAAAGCUUUUUUAAAAACUGUCUUUAAAAUUGCUGUUGAUUGACCUAAUGCCAGCUGCCACCACCGACUGACAAAGGUACCUCCUGCAGGAAGGAAGAACGGAAUAAGAAAGCACCAUGUCUUCAGUCUCAGCUUAUUACAACGGGAAGACCGUACUUAUCACAGGAGCUACAGGUUUCAUGGGCAAAGUACUGGUGGAAAAGCUUCUGCGCUCCAGCCCUGAUGUGAAAGCAGUUUAUAUACUUGUCAGGCCGAAGGCUGGACAAUCAAUGCAAGAGAGAGUAGCCAACAUGUUGAAAUGCAAGGUCUUUGACAGGGUCCGAGAAGAUUGCCCUAAUUUCCACGAGAAGAUUAAGCCAAUUAAUGCUGAACUCACUCAGCCCAAGCUGGCCAUCAGUGCUGAAGAUGAGGAGGAGCUUCUGACCCGGGUCAAUAUUAUCUUCCACUGUGCAGCAACAGUUCGCUUUGAUGAACCCCUGAAACACGCCGUCCAACUGAACGUGAUGGGCACGCAGCGGCUUCUGGAGCUGGCCCAGCAGAUGCAGAACCUGGAGGCCUUCAUCCACAUCUCCACUGCCUAUGCAAACUGUGUCAGGAAAUGCAUAGAUGAAGUUAUCUACCCACCCCCAGCUGAGCCCAAGAAGCUCUUUGAUUUAGUAGAGUGGCUGGAUGAAUCUAUCAUUCAAGACAUCACACCUAAGUUGCUUGGGGACUGGCCCAACACUUACACCUACACCAAAGCCUUGUCAGAAUACCUGAUUCAGCAAGAGAAAGGAAACCUGAACAUUGCUAUCAUCAGGCCAUCCAUCGUGGGAGCUAGCUGGCAUGAGCCUUUCCCAGGUUGGAUUGACAGCUUCAACGGGACAAGUGGAAUAUUUGUUGCGGCAGGAAAAGGGAUUCUGCGGAGCGUCAUUGCCAACAACGAAGCGGUGGCAGACAUGAUCCCAGUAGACGUGGCCAUCAACUUCACCCUGGCAGCUGGGUGGUACACAGCUGUGCACAGACCAAAAAACUUGUUGGUGUGCAACUGCACAACAGGUGGAAUCAACCCUUUCUUCUGGGGAGAAAUGGAGCAGUAUGUCAUAUCCACAUUCAAAAGGAACCCACUGGAGCAGGCCUUCCGAGCACCCAAUGCUCACUUGACAUCCAACUACUUGAUAAACCAGUACUGGGUGACUGUCAGUCACAAGGCUCCGGCCAUGCUCUACGACCUGUACAUGAGGCUCACGGGGAGAAAGCCCAGAAUGAUGAAGAUUAUCAAUCGACUGCACAAAUCUAUGAUGCUCCUGCAGUAUUUCUCCACUCAGUCCUGGGAUUGGUCUUCAGAUAAUAUGAAUAUGUUAAUGAGUCACCUUAACACAGAGGACAAAAAGGUAUACAAUUUUGAUGUUCGUCAGCUGCACUGGUCAGAAUACAUUGAAAGCUACUGCCUAGGUGCUAAGAAGUACUUGCUAAAUGAGGACAUGGCUGGCAUUCCAGCAGCAAAGCAGCAUUUACGAAAGCUGAGGAACAUCCAGUAUGCAUUCAACACCACCCUCCUGGUGAUCAUCUGGCGCAUUUUCAUUGCAAGGUCACAGAUGGCUCGAAACAUCUGGUACUUUGUAGUGAGCCUCUGCUAUAAGUUCCUUUCCUACUUCAGGGCAUCCAGCACCCUCAGGCACUGAAGCCGUCCAUCAGCAACCAGCCUCUUCCCAAAGGACCUCCAUCUCCUCUAAUCAGCAGCUAUGGGCAUCGGGGUCUGAAAGUAGCAGAAAAAUCCACACCCUCCAUCAGCAGCCUGCGUUUAUUGUGCACUGUUCUAUAUUCACCUUUUUAAUUUCAACUAAUGUUUUAAUACGUGGUGGUCUUUCUUCCAUAGGACCAGGCCAAUUUUUAAAGCCAUAACUGAUGCUUUAGGAAAAGGUCAAGCUGGAACCAUUCAUCUAAGAAUCCAAUGGAAGACUGAGAGUAAGAAUUAACCAAAGUCAUUGUCUUCCCAUGUACUACCCAGGCUAUCUCAAUCCCAUCUUCUUCCUCAAAAGAGGCAAAUUUAAAGCAUACAACCCAGGAAGAAAAGGAGGCCAUAAGAGAAGACCCAACCAAGGAAAUGGAUCUCUAAGAGAUCUUUCUAAAGAGGCUAUUCCUUCAUCCUCAUUCAGUGAAAUGGUACCUUACUGAAAAACAAGAUUUCAUAUUUUCAGUUUUUCAAAACUUAGUGAGGGCAGGAAAAUCAGUUACACCUUUCCAGUGAACACACUGAAUAGUUUUCAGAUCUUGUCUUAUAUUGCUACCAAGGACUGAUACUUUCAAGCCAUAACUGAAGACACACAUAAAAUUCAUGUACCUGUGGUAAUUCUACUCACAAACUGCUUUCUUAUGGACAGGUAUUCUUUCUCCGUGGUUACGGUUGCAGUCUGUUAAAAUGCCCCAUUCUUUUUUGGCUUUAAAAAUGCUGUAUUUGCUCUGAGAAUGAAGAGAAGACUUCUUAAAAGAUUGAAGAAAAAUUCAGAAAUUCUCUGUUGUUUUUGAGGAAUGGGUAUUUUUCCCCCUUCCAUUUGUCUGCAGAAAACUUCUCUCCCUGUACUUCAAAAACAGCCCAGUACUGUCCUUCAUUCCUCCAUUACAGCUAAAUCAUUUUGCAAUUGAUCACUUCCACUGGCAAUGAAAGGAUAAAUAUAUGUAUAGAGGAAAUCCUACCUGGUCAAUUCUGCUGCCACUCCUGUCAGUAGGAAUUAAAAAGUCUGAAACUUGUUUUUGUUGAGAAUAGGAAAGGUUUAAUUGACUUCUGUGAUAAAACAAUCAUGCACUGGGAAGGUAAUGCAUUUUGUCCUACAUCACAGUGUAGAAUGGGUCUUCUCAACACUCAUGACUGUUAGAGGUAUUUAUACUUCACUAGAUACACCAAGGUAUACCUAGUGAAGUAUAAAUUCCAGGGGGUGGAGAAAGAAAGACCCUUCUUCAAAGUAGCUGGGGCUGCAACAGCUUUGGUGCAACCACAACAGAUUUAUUAUGCUAUCAGCUUUUCAAAGUCAAAUCUAAUACUGUAAUAUUUUUAUUUAGAUCAUACUGAAUAAGCACUUGAAGAUUAUCAGACUUUAAAACAAGUAGUUUUUGAAACAGUGCAGCAUCCAGUUUUUCUAGUCUUGUGUCAUGCUAGCUGUCUGAAAAAGUAAUACUACAUCACAAAAAACCAACACAGUUGCUCUUCUGAGAGCAGAGUAUUUACAAAGCUGGCAUUCUUAAAAAAUUAUACUUGUUUUUGGCAGUGCAGGCAAGAGCAAGUUGUGAUGGCAGUAUAUUUAUAUCUUAGGCCUCCAAGCAAAUUCAAAAGUCUUUCUAAAGCUGCAAGCAAUUAAUCUUCCCCCAUAUGCCCCAGAGGUCCAAUUUCAAGCAAUUGCCAAAGGAUGCCUGCAGCAGAACCUGACCAUCAUGUCCAAAAUGGCUCUAGCACAGGCCUCUGUGCUUGUCACACAUUACUUCUGAUCUAUGCUCAAUUAGGUCAAGCACCCAGUUUAUGAAGAUGCAGGGUUUUUUAAGCUCUUGCCUUGAAACCAUAGUUCAAAAUGAAACCGUGCUGCUUGUUAGCUAGGUGUUGUCCAGCUCCAGAAAGCUGUCAGUGCAUGCUAGGCAUUGCUUGUUAGCAAGGUGUCCCUGCCUGGGAAACCAAGAGCAAUGGGUUCAGGUGCUGGGGACCAGACAGUUGAUCUACAGGGUAUAUGGUGAAGCUCAGCUGCAGUACACUUGGCUUUGCAGAGGCUGUGCCUACCUAGGCAGAGUGAGGCAGGUUGCUGUAGGGAUUCCUCUAGUAAGCCUGCAUUCCCUCAAAUAAUUAAUUAGGUCAUCAGCCAGCUUGUAGUCAUCUCAUAUGAAAGGCUAAAGAAACAAAUCAAAAUACAACAAAACUGCAGAUUAUUUUGAAACCAACUUAAUUUAAAAAAAAAAAAUCAGUAAGAAUUUUAACUCCUAUCUUAGAAGUCUUUUUAAGUGCCUGCCUUAUGUACAAAGAGAAACAACAGCAAAGGGACUCAGAAGUCUUACGCUGUGCACAUGGUAGACAAAACCUUGAGUCUCACAGAAAAGUGAAAAACUGCAGCCCUGCUACACCUACAGCAAGCUGACUGAUGUAGCCCAGACCUACCAUGAGCCAAGUGUCCUGCCUUCCCUCCCGCACUGCAGGUCAUGCAGUGCAUUCCUCACAUAGGCCUGCAGGCAUUCAGAGUUAUUUGCACAGGCUGUGCUGUCCCAACAUGUCCAAGAUGUAUCUUUGCUCACUGUAAGCAUGUCCCAACCUGUUUUCUGCACAUGCAAACAAAUGCUUAAGGCUUUGCUCAGAAUAAUGGCGGUACCGCGUUUUAAAGCUCUUUGGCCUUUUGCUGAAGGUAACAGCCACAGCAAAGCUGCUGCUCAGCCCUGAGAAGCAGCAGGAGCUGCUGGGGAUGCUGCAGAAAUGUAGCUGUUGCAGAAGCUGUAUGCUCUUCUGGAGACCUUUCUCAGCCCCUGCAGCACUGCCAGCAGCUGGCUCCAGAGCUCUGGCCUUGCCUGGGGGAGGGGGAUCAAGCUGUUAGCAUUUAACACAGACAUAACAUGCAGGGAGAUGGAAAUCUAGUCCAUUUUCUUGUGGCUUGAGACGCCUUCAGGUAGUUGCCUGACCCAUGGAAAUAUUUCAGAAAAACCUCAGUGCAGAGACUGGCACGUGGCAAUGGCCUUUGGGUGCCAGUAAUGCCUGUCAUCAUGGACAGCUGGACCUGGCAUAAGAACUUUUGUUGUCACCUCAAGCAGUUGAUGUUUUACUGUGUGCUCCUCAGUAUAUUUGCAUUUGCUCUGAAGAAACCCAAGCCCUGGGGAGAAUACCUAAAAGAAAACACCAAAUGACAGCACUUCCUUUCUUCUCUGUCUCUUGCUCUUUCAGGUACACUCACAACUUUUUGACAAAAGAAAAGCCAAAUGCAGUUCUUACUAAGUUAAAUCACAGGUCCUGUGGCAACGGAGCACAAAGUAACUCAAACAGCUCAGGAGUGGGUAUUACUCAUAGCUGAAGGCUUGAACUUUUAAUACCUGUGAUAUUGAAGCAGGACUCAGGUUUUUGUUUGGUUUUGAUUUUUUUUCUUUACCUACAGAGGGUAGCAUGGUGAGUGCUCUGUGUAGGAGAGAAGGAGGAGCAUUCCUGUAGCCUCUGCUCACAGACAGUAGAAGCAUUGCUAGGCAGGGAGCAUCCAGCCCAAUGAGUAAGGGGAGAAUCAAGGGAUGAGGAAAGUAAGAGCUGCCAAACUCAGAGGACUCUGCCUCCCAGGGAGUGGGGGAAGAGCUCCAUGAGCAUUUUUUUAGCAGUUACUGUUCUUGUAAUAAAAUGUAUGAACUAAAAGGCUCCUCUGUCCUUACCCAGCUACCAACAGGCAGCAUAGAGAACAAGACUGGCAGUCAUUCUGCAUAGUCACAAGAGAAACUAUCUACCACAAGACAGUAUGAUGGGAUUGUCCCUUGAAAUCAUUUGUGCCUGAUUAGGUAGGUAAAUGUAUCGUGUACCUACCCCCCUCAUGGUGUCAGAAGCCUGCAGUGCUGCUACAGAAAUAACAUGAAUCACUGCUGGGCCCAAUAUACUGUUUUGUUAAUACUAUGCAUAUACAGUAGUCUGUAGGCUACAGCUGUGAACUGCUGUGCAAAAGCAAUGAAACACAGAAUAUCAUUUUCACUGUCAAAGAGCAAUGGGCUUAAACUUGCAAUUAAUAAGCAUCCCCUUUUUUAUCAUCACAUUGCAAUAACAAAAAUCCCUAGAAUUCAUCUGAGUUUAAGCUGCAUUUUGACUGACAACCAAAGCUGUUUAUCUCCAACAGGUCUGCUACCCAGAAAAGAAGGUUUCUCACUAUGCCACCCCCUAUCCCCAAAACUUUGUUAUGAAAAUACAGGGACACACACAGAGACAUACUGGUAUAUUACAGGUUGUUGGCCCACGAGCCACUUCCUCAAUAAAUUCAUUCUUUCCCAUUUUCUAAGAAAACAUUAUCUAUGCCUGUGUGUAACAUCUUUCACCUCCACUCUUCUCAUACAACAUACACAGAUGGUAAAAAUAGUGGAGCUCACACUGAAAUGCCAGGCUGUGGUUGUUUGGUAUGUACUGUUCCAAUUCAGUUUAAGAUUAAGUUAUUAAAACCUACCCUAGUUUCCUGUGUAAAGGAAGCCAAACAUGUAAUACUCUUGAUCAAAUCCUCAUCGUGAAUAAGCAACUGGGAAAAGAGGGAGGGAGGCAUUCUUUUGUUUGUAAAUAAGCUACAGCUUCAUGGUUGAAAGCAUGCUGUUGCUCUUCCACCCUUGGUGUCCUACUGCAGAAAGCAAGGAUGAACUUUUAUUACAAUUGGACCCUUUGUUCUAGCACAGAGUAAACAACAUUGUACAUUCUCCACUAGCUAAAUGGUGAAUAUCCCAUUUCAUGGUGCUAAAUGUCAAUACGAAGGUGGUACAGACUUGAGAGGAAAAAAAAACAACAACACAACUAUAAAUGUGUAUUUGGAAAUAAUUAAAGAUGUAUUAUCCCACUUUUCUCUCGUGCUUAAAAGUAACUAUGAAUUGAGUUGGUUUGUUCAGGUUAACUUGAAACUGCUUGGAAAAGGUUUCUUGUUCUUAAAUAAUCUUGGCAGACCCCAAUUUAUAGUAAAACAUGUACUCUCCCACUGUCCAAAGUUUACAUGGUUCCAUCUGCUAUUUCUAUUAUCUUGUUAGCUAUGAGACAACUUACUGUUAUAAAACUUAAAUUACAAAGUUUCUAAUCUUAAGGUGUGUAAUCUUUUGAGCUCUCAAAUGGGAUACAAUGGUCAAGUCACAAAUUACAAGAACCUCAGCCAUAAAAUUGUUAAUAUGAUCUUUCUGUUAUUUUAAACAUUUAAUAAAACAAAAUAUUUUAAAA